AUGAUGCAGUGGCAGCAAUGGCCCCAACAGGGGCAGCAACAACAAUGGGGGCAGCCGCAGUGGGGGGUGCAGCAGUGGGGAGGGGGGGUUCAGCAGGCCCAAUGGGGUGGCGGAGGACAACCCCAAUGGGGACCGCAGCAGCAACAGCAGGGCCAGCAGCAGCAGCAGCAGCAGCUGCAACAGUGGCCUCAGCAGCAGGUUGGAGGAUCCCAAGCCAAUGAUGGCUACAUCGUCUGCUGCGUACCUGUCAUGAACGGCAUGCAGCAGAACAUGCAAGGAAUGCAAAUGCAGGGUGGGCAGAUGAUGAUGGGAAUGGGGCAGCAGAUGCAAGGGAUGCCUGCGCAGGGCGGGCAGAUGAUGAUGGGAAUGGGCAUGGGCGGUGUCAUGACACCGGUCAUGAAUCAAGGGUUUCAAGGCCAGUUCAACGGCGACUUCAAGGGCAACUACAAAGGCGGAAAGGGCGGUGGAAAAUUUAGCCGCACUGGCCUUAGCCCGGAUGAAGAUGCGAAUUGGCGCUCAAGGCCCUCUCCUACAGGGGCCCCCGUGGGAAAGGGCCCGGCAGAUUCAGCGAUGUAUUUGUCGCGUUCGGCCGUCACCUCCUCGAUGAAAAGACCCAAAGAGGGAGCAGUGCCUUUCAAAGCAGAUCUUGCAGUACCUUCGCCUGAAGCUUCCGAGGAGCUCGAGGAAGAAGAACCUGCUGAGGUAGUACCGCCAGCUUCAAACGAGGUCACACAGGAGGAGGAGGAGGCUCCUGAAACCGCGGACGCUCCUGAGGCCGAGGCGGAAUCCAACGAGCCGAGCGAGCAAGCAGAGGCCGACGCCUCCAGCGACUGGUCCGAG